AUGGGUGACUGGAACUUGCUAGGAGGUAUUCUGGAAGAAGUGCAUGUUCACUCAACCAUCGUGGGGAAGAUUUGGUUAACAAUUCUGUUCGUUUUCCGGAUGCUGGUCCUCGGGGUGGCCGCGGAAGAUGUCUGGGACGACGAGCAGGCUGAAUUCAUCUGCAACACCGAGCAGCCGGGCUGCAGAAACGUCUGCUACGAUAAGGCUUUCCCCAUUUCCCUCAUUAGGUUCUGGGUCUUACAAGUCAUCUUCGUGUCCUCGCCGUCCCUGGUGUACAUGGGCCACGCACUCUACCGGCUCAGAGCGCUGGAGAAAGAACGGCAGCGCAAGCGAGCCCACCUGCGAGCCGAGCUGGAGGGCGCGGAGCCGAUGCUGGAGGAGCACAAACUGCUGGAGAAAGAACUGAGGAAGUUGGAAGAACAGCGGAAAAUCAACAAGGCGCCACUCCGGGGCACACUCCUGCGCACGUACGUCUUCCACAUUCUGACCAGGUCAGUGGUGGAGGUGGGCUUUAUGGUGGGCCAGUACCUCCUGUAUGGCUUUCGGCUCGAUCCCCUGUACAAAUGCGUGCGGUCGCCCUGCCCCAACACCGUGGACUGCUUCGUCUCCAGGCCCACGGAGAAGACCAUUUUCAUCGUCUUCAUGCUCAGCAUAGCCGCCUUCUCCUUGUUUUUGAACGUGCUCGAAAUCAUUCACCUGGGCAUCAGGAAGAUCAAGCUAGGUUUAUACCCGGGCUCCGAGUUAAGUAUCUGCAAGUCCAAGAAAAACUCAGUUGUCCAGCAGGCUCGCAUUAUGGCCAAUUCUUCUCCGCACAAACUCGUCCCGAUGGUCUUCAGCGGUUACAAACCUCUGCCAGAACAGGGAGAUCUCGCACAUCUCGCCACCUGCCUGCCUCCGGAAACUACGGCGCCUGCGGAUGUCAGGAGGGCGAGCUGCCCUGGGAUUAAAUCAAAGAGGAUCUCGCAAACCACAAUCGCCAGCCGCCCUGGAAGUCCCUGCUCUACAAAUGGCUCCAGUACUGAGUCCAAGCAUAAAGAAGAAAGUCCAGCUGUUACCCCACCUCCUUCAGGACGCAGAAUGUCAAUGAGCGUGCUCCUCGAGCUAUCUUCCAUUAUGAAAAAGUGA